GCUUGGGUGGAAUGGCCCUCAAGGGGCAAGGCUUAUUCGCAGCCCCAAAUUCCGAAAAGCCGGCCAGACCGUGGAAGUGUCUGAAGGUGGAAGGAGAGGUCGCGGAACCAGCGUUCCGGUAGUCGUGGUUGUCUGGGGGAAGCCGAUCCUGGGGACCGGUAGUGGAAAGCUCUUGCGCCGUUUCCGGCCACCUCAGCGGGAAGCGUAGACGCCAGCAGCCGCCUCUGGGUAACUGAGACAGGGUCCAACUGUUGUCGCGGCGGAGGAAGUGAGGGUGAAGCCAACGGUCUUCCGGGCCAGGGUCGGGUCCCUGUGGUUUGUGAAGAUGGUGUUGCUAACAAUGAUCGCCCGAGUGGCGGACGGGCUCCCGCUGGCAGCGUCGAUGCAGGAGGACGAACAGUCUGGCCGGGACCUUCAACAGUAUCAGAGUCAGGCUAAGCAACUCUUUCGAAAGUUGAAUGAACAGUCCCCUACCAGAUGUACCUUGGAAGCAGGAGCCAUGACUUUUCACUACAUUAUUGAGCAGGGGGUAUGUUAUUUGGUUUUAUGUGAAGCUGCCUUCCCUAAGAAGCUGGCUUUUGCCUACCUAGAAGAUUUGCACUCAGAAUUUGAUGAACAGCAUGGGAAGAAGGUGCCCACCGUGUCCCGACCCUAUUCCUUUAUUGAAUUUGAUACCUUCAUUCAGAAAACCAAGAAGCUCUACAUUGACAGUCGUGCUCGAAGAAACCUAGGCUCCAUCAACACUGAAUUGCAAGAUGUGCAGAGGAUCAUGGUGGCCAAUAUUGAGGAAGUGCUACAACGAGGAGAAGCACUCUCAGCAUUGGAUUCAAAGGCUAACAAUUUGUCCACUCUGUCCAAGAAAUACCGCCAGGAUGCAAAGUACUUGAACAUGCGUUCCACUUAUGCCAAACUUGCAGCAGUAGCUGUAUUUUUCAUCAUGUUAAUAGUGUAUGUGCGAUUCUGGUGGCUGUGAAAUAAUGAAUACAGUCACUGGUAAGGGAGAACCUAGAACCCAGUAGGUGUAUAUUUUCAGGAAACUGAGCUCACAGAGAUGUGUAUUAGAAUCCAAGCAGAACUUCUGCCUCUAAAGACCUUGCAAGAAAAGACGUGUCCUGAAAAUGAAAGGUUACACCUCAUUAAAUGAAGCUUAACCCUAUGUAGAAUGUCUCUUUCGGGGGCAGAGGCUUUCUCUGGGUGCUAAGCCAUAUAUGUUAGGGAACAGUAGAUUGUUACUUUGUUUUUUCCCUCCCAGUACAUUUUGGAAAUGGCACUGACUGGGGCAUUCUCAUUCUCUAAUGGAGCCAUCAAUGAGCUAACCUGUGCUAGCAACAUUCUGAAAUUCCUUCAAAGAAGGCAGUCCUUUUGGAAGGGUUUUUUGUUUGUUUGUUUUUUGUUUUUUGACUCUAAUCAACAUUCCUUUUGUUGGUGACAUUUGUGAUUUUGAGUAAUAUGAGUUUUUGAUGGCCUUUUAAAGCAGACUCCAGUAUAUGAAGGUUAAUUGCUGUGCUCUACAGACCUUGUCAAUUGGCCCCUAUAGCAAGUUAACCUUUGUUGUUUUCCUUUUAUAAACUGCUUAUUGCACAAUUGCUUUAGGGUUAAAUGAAUUAUAUUAAGAUGGCUUGAAAUUAUAGCGGUCCUUGAUUAAGAAGCUAAAAUGUUUCUCCAUUUACUCCUUAAACAAAAGACUAAAAUUAAUUUGGGACAUUGUUAGUUUUACUUUGAAGCAUUUGAUUUGUAUUGGUAUAAGAGCAAGUACAGCAUAUGCUUAAAUGAGGCCCUUGGCUUCAUGAGAAGAAAGGAAGACCCAGGUUAUAGUUACAGCUUUCUCCUGCCCCUUCUUUCUCUACCACUAUUUUCUGCACUGUUUAUGUUCCUCCUUCCACAAUUUGCUAACAUUUAAAAAUUUUUCUGCACCCAGUAGUUUCAUGUCCUGUAGACAUCCUCUUAGGACAUUCUCAAAUUUAAGAAUAAAAGAUAUUAGUCUAUAUAGCUAAUUAAAGUUUUUGCAGUACUCAAGCUACUAAAUACGUUUACCUGAGAAAAAGUCUCUGAGAGCACCUCAUUCCUGUUUUAGUUCAUGUAAAUUCUCUGAGAAUGUUCUAGAGAUAGAUAACCCAUUUAUAGUGGUUUCUAUUAACUAAUUAAAGUACCCAUGAUUUUUUCCUUUUCUGCUCAGGGAUGAUGAGGAUUUCCUUUUACCUUCUAAGGUAGAAUUUUUUAAUGAGGAGAAUAGGCCUUUUAAAUAUUAUCGUAAGGGUCUACAAUAUGACUUAAAACUCCUAUACAUACUGCAAAUAUUUCUUUAAAUUGUAUGGCAAAACGAGCCAACUUAUUUCUUAAUAUCUUUGGCGAGAACUUAACCAGUAAGCAAUUUUAUAACCCUGAGGGAUCAUCAAAGAUACUAUCCUGAUUCCCAGGUAAGGAAAAAAAUAUUUUUCCUUAUAACAAGGCAAGGAGAAAUGCUAUUUUAUUCCUGAUAAUUUAUAGAACUACAAAAAAUUUUUUUCUUUCUUUUAUGGACUUAAAUCUGCCAAUUGGGAAUUUUGUGCAUGAAAUAUGAAGUUACUUUUUAUAGAUAAUAAGUGCUUUUAAGUCCCCAAAAAGCUCCUCCCUAAGUAAUGAUGAUGUUGAUAAUCAAAGCCUUUGAAAGGCUGAAAUCCUAAAUAGUGGUACCAUAGUAUUUGGUGCUUCUAAAAGAGUGGAGAGGGGCAGCUCAUUGUUGAGAGUUGCAUGCUGCAACCUAAUGGUCAGCAAUGAAAUAAAUACUUCUAGAAUGUUCA